UUAUGAUCCCUUUUUCGUGCCUCAAAAAUAACAUGCUACCAAAUACCAUACAGUCACGUGUCCCCUCACAAACUCAAUCUCAACCUCAAACUCAACCCUCACCGUCCUCCCAUUCCAUUCUCUUUUCCUCCCCCUUCCCGUCUCAAACCCACACCUGAACAUCCCUCCCUCCCCCCAAAAAUUCAGCCAUGCCCCCCAUCCACAUCCUCUACACCAUCUCCUCCCACGGCUACGGCCACGCCACGCGCUCCUCGCAGCUCAUCUCCUCCCUCCUGGCACACCUCCCGCCCACCACGCACGUGACGAUCCUCACCCGCGCACCAGAACACCUCUUCCCUUCAUCCCCGCGCAUCUCAUUCAUUUCCAAUCUGGAAAUAGACUCUGGGAUCGUGCAGCCCCUGCCGUAUAGUAUUGAUGCGGUAGCUAGUUUUGCGGGGUUGGGGAGGUUUUUGAAGGGGUGGGAUGAGGAGGUUGCGAGGGGGGAGAUUGGCAGGGAGAUUGGCAGGGAGAUGGGUGGGAGGGAGUUUGAGUUUGAUUUUGAUUUUGAUUUGAUAUUAGCUGAUGCGCCGUGGGUUGUUGCUGGGCUGGGAAAGAGAAAAGAAAUUGGAAAAGGGAAGAAGAUCCCAACGGUGGUAGUCUCAAACUUCACAUUCGACGCUAUUUUCUCGCAACUGCUCGACUAUCUCCCCGCGGCUCCUCAUAACCGCGAGGCAGAAACUCAAAUGGUGGAGACUAUUGAGAAGAUGUAUGCGGAGUACGAUUAUGUGCUUAGGUUGCCGGGGUAUGUCUCCUUCCCGUUUGUGGAGAGGUUUUGGAGUGAGGAGGAGAGGAAGAGGAGGGUGAUUGAUGCGCCGCUUGUGUUUAGGCCGGCGAGUAAGGGCAGGGAGGAGGUGCUGCAGGAGUUGGGUGUCCCGCGGGAGAUGAGGGAGUGGAAGGUGUUGCUUGUGCAGUUUGGGGGGCAGGUUGCAAUGGAGAGUGGGGAGGGGGAGGUGAAGAAGGUCCCGGGGAUACCGGAGGGGUGGAUUUGUUUGUCUGGAGAGGAGGUGGAUGAUGAGCGGUUUUUCACGUUUCCGAAGGAUGUGUAUUCGCCGGACUUGAUUGGGGCUGCUGAUGUUGUGUUGGGCAAGAUUGGCUAUGGGACGGUAUCGGAAUGCGUUGGUAUGAACAAAGCGCUGGUCUAUGUUCUGCGACCGAUGUUUGCUGAAGAGCCGGGAAUGCUGAAGUACAUGGGUGAGAAUGGGUGCUGUGAGGAGAUUUCUGUGGCCGACUACGAGAGUGGGAAUUGGGCGGGCAUUGUUGAGAGGACUUCGAAGAUUCAGUCAGAGAAGACACAAGUAAAUAUCGAAGAAGGAAGUGCAGAAGUAGCAAGAAUCAUCGAGGGAUUGAUCCGUGACAAUUAGACGAGCUAGAAAGUUAGAUUAGAUAGACAUAGAAUAUAGGUACCGCGCUUUCUCUUCGAGGGUAGUCGAUGCCUUUAGACAGGAAUCCCUGGAUCUCCGAAAGGACUUGUGGUCAUUGUAAACUGGGAAUGCAUAAUAAGAGAGCAGUUAUGGGGGCAGGCAACCAAUGACAGCA